AUGUUGGAAGAAAAGGAGAAACAGAAAACACAUUAUGAUAUUCGGCAUAGAGUUGAAGAAAAGAAGCAGUCAAGCACUGAAGAUAAAGUUUGGAUCAUAAAUAUGCAGAGAGAAGGAGUAAUAGAACAAAAGUUAGAUGAACCAAGAUAUUACCGAGUCAGAACAGAUAGAGAUAGUACAGUUAGAAGAAAUAGUCGACAUUUCCAAGUUUUGCCGAAACAGUAA